AUGUCGUUUAUCAUUCGUCGAUUAAUGGAUGUGUUCUAUCCCAGCAAGACAGCAAUACCAGUAAAAGUGUUAGGACUGGAUUUUGCAGGCAAAUCGACACUACUUUACGGCAUGAAAGGGGUCGUCGAUACUACUAUCCCCACUAUCGGAUUUUCCGUGGAAACUACUGAAGUUGCAAUCACCAAUGGGCAGCGGUUUCGGUUAAGCGCCUGGGAUGUCGGUGGCCGAUGUUCAAUCGGGUAUAGUCACCCUCUUUUCCGCCACUAUCUAAUAGACGACGGCACCAAGGGUAUAAUCUGGGUCGUCGAUGCAGCGGACUCGGAGAGGCUAGUCGAAAGCAUAGAAGCGUUGAGUGAGAUACUGCGCGAGUUUGGAGACGUUGAGCAAAAGCUGCCUGUAGUGAUCCUCGCCAAUAAGGCAGACAAACCAAAUGGGAUGACCCUUGAUUAUGUUCGCGUCGCUUUUUCCAAAGUAACAUCUGGCUAUACGGUGUCCAUGUUUAAGACCGUUAUGAACAACGACAACUUUGCCAUGACGGGACUUUCUGAGGCGCUGGACUGGCUGAGACUGGCAAUUGAAAAACAAUUUGGGGAAGAAACAAACAUACCGACAACCUCGGAUGGACAGCUUCCCGAUCCAGGCCCUUUGUCGAUGACUUUGGCUACCAAAGUAGACUCUUGGUUGAAGCGAGCCGAGGCAGAUUCACCACCAGACGUAUUCUUGGAGCAAUUCAACACGUUUGCGCUCCCAGAAUGGGACCACUACACUCAUAUCCGCAUCGCCUAUGUCAUUCUAACAAAACAUGGUCGUAAAGAGGGAAAGGACCUUGUAUUCAAAGGACUAGAAAAGUAUAUCUCUGUCAGCCCACAGACAAAGAAAAAGUCAUUUCAUUUGACAAUGACAUACUUUUGGAUCCAGAUCGUCCACUUUGGUAUCCGAAGCAUGACACCAAACCUCGCAUAUGAGCCGUAUUAUGUCCCAUUUUCCGCAGACCCUGGCGUUCCUGCUACUCCGGACGAGUUCCCUCGUUUCCUCCUCACCAAUCCGCAUGUGGCCGAUGGAAAUUUGUGGUCAGAGUACUAUAGCACAGAUGUGAUGAUGAGUCCAAAUGCUAGGAAGGAGAUGGUUCUGCCGGACAAAAAACCGCUACCAAACCUGAUCACUCUCGACACCAAUCACAAAGCACUAAAGAGGAAUCGGUGA